AUGUCGCUGAACCGUGUUCAAAGCAUCGAAACGCUGACGGCCCCGCCGGGUCGUGGAGCUUCGAUCGAGAGAAGAGGAAGCGAUGCGAGUUUGAGGGUUCGACGAUUGACGUUCAAUCCUGUACCGCAGGACUUCGAAACGGCGUCGCUGAGACCAGAUGAACAACAUGCGGAAACUGUUGGGGCAUUUGAGGUUCCUCAAUGGAAGAGAUUGCUCCAAAUCGGUGCUGCAGUUGUGCACUGUCUCUUUGCUGCAGGCAUAGUCUUUGGUUAUGCCGCUAUCAAACCUGUCCUCAAGCUCGAAGGUGCAUACUCCGACGUCUGCAAGCUAUCCCACUAUCAGAGUCCAACUAGCGAUAUAAAUGCUAUCUCUGAUGACCCUCAUGAUACGUGCGUUGAAAUCAGACUAAACCUGAUGUUCACGGUCGCUGCUGUUGGGACCAACGUCGCAGCUCUACCUGUAGGCGCAAUUCUUGACCACUUCGGUCCUCGCGUAUGUGGCUUGCUUGGAUGCCUUUUCCUGACGAUAGGCACGUUGCUCAUGGCAUAUGCUAAAGCUCUACCCUUUGAUGGUCUCCUUCCAGGUUACCUGUUCCUUGCUCUCGGCGGUCCGUUCACGUAUAUUUCGUCUUUCCAGCUCUCCAAUGCCUUCCCACGACACUCGGGUCUCAUUCUUGCGCUCUUGACUGGUGCUUUCGAUUCGUCGAGCGCAUUGUUUCUCAUUUACCGCUUGAUUUACAAUGCCACUGACGGAGGCUUCACUUUGCGCAGCUUCUUCCUUGUUUACUUGAUAGUUCCUGCUGUGAUCUUUAUCAGCCAGAUUCUCAUCAUGCCUGGACAAUCUUACAAAACGGUUGGAGAACUUGUCGAUCAAGCUGCCGAGGCGGACGAGAACAUCGUCAUUCACUCGACAACAAGCACCCAGCAGGAGAUUGACGAGCACACGGCGCUGCUCCGUGAUGAGCGACGUGAGGAGAGAGAGCGACGCGAAGCAGUGGUUCAUGACAUUGAGAACCUCCUUGGGUCAUCCAAAGGUGACGACCAAGUUGAAGCCAAGGAGCGAAAGCAUGUUGCAUCUGGUGUCUGGGGAGUCCUCCACGACCGCACUGUCCUCGAGCAGAUCAGGUCUCCGUGGUUCAUACUUAUCUGCCUUUUUACAGUUGUUCAGAUGACGCGUAUCAACUUUUUCGUUGCCACGAUCCGACCACAGUACGAGGCCAUCUUCGGAGACCAUGAAGUUGCUGUGAGGAUCAACACCUUCUUUGACGUCGCCCUGCCAGCGGGUGGAAUCUUCGCCAUCCCCUUUAUUGGGACAGCUCUUGACCACGUCAGUACCGUCUUGGUGCUGGCAGCCCUCGUCGCAUGCGGUACACUCAUUGGUAUCCUGGGCGUCCUUCCCUAUGAAUGGGCAGCAUACGCCGGUAUCAUUCUUUUCGUUCUUUACCGCCCGUUCUACUACACUGCUGUGUCCGACUACAGCGCCAAGGUGUUUGGCUUCCGAACAUUCGGAACCGUGUACGGACUUAUAAUUUGCCUCUCUGGCUUAUUAAACUUUUCCCAAUCGGGCCUUGAUGUUCUAUUCCACCAAACUUUCAACGGUAACCCGGUGCCCGUUGAUAUCAUGCUUCUGGUCAUAGGCCUUGCCAUCGGCGUUGCGCUUGUUGUAUUUGUGGCAGUGAGGCUUCGGAAAACGCAGCAGAAGGCCAGAGCAGGUAUAACACAAUAA